CUUCAUGGAAAGGCUGAUCUAACACCAAUACACGACUGCGCCAUUGCACGUUAAAUGUUACUCCUCCGUGUCAGUAGGCGGCGGUAAUGCUCUGUGUGUGUGUCAGUCUCCUUUUAAUGAAAGAAGAAGUGUUUGUUUCUAGCCAGCCUCAAACUGGCAGAAACAAUGGAUCAGAAGAUUCCUUAUGAUGACUACCAGCUGCCAGUGGUAUUCCUGCCCUCCUACGAGAACCCCCCAGCUUGGAUCCCCCCUCAGGAGCGGGUGCAUCAGCCUGACUACAACAAUGAGCUCACCCAGUUUCUGCCGCGUACAAUUGUGUUGAAGAAACCUCCAGGAGCACAGCUGGGCUUCAACAUCCGUGGGGGCAAGGCUUCACAGUUGGGGAUCUUUAUAUCCAAGGUGGUCCCAGACUCAGACGCACACAGGGCAGGACUGCAAGAAGGAGACCAGGUUCUUUCUGUGAAUGAAGUGGAUUUCCAAGACAUAGAGCACUCAAGAGCUGUAGAGAUUCUGAAAACUGCACGAGAAAUACUGAUGAGGGUUCGCUUCUUUCCUUACAACUACCAACGACAGAAGGAGAGGACUGUACACUAGGUGGCAGUAGAGAGAGAGAGAGAGAGAGAGAGAGAGAGAUGUGGACAGACUCCUCGCUGCUUCGUCAUCACCCUCCUCCCACAAACUCUGGCCUCCAUUCUGCUUCAGCUUCAAAUAAUUGAUGUAUGACUAACAGAAUCAUUCAAAGUCCUUCAUGUAAAGACAUCCACUCUGUUUUAUACCUGUCUCCUUUCUCGCCAAGGGAUCUAAUCACUCUCUUCUAUUCUCUAUUAAGAUAAACUUUUAUUCACAGGAGGUCCUUUUAUAGUUUUUUAAAAUUCAGGAAUUGGAAAGCAGAGGGUGGAAGACAUUUUACACUAUUAAUUAUAUUGUAGUUAUUAUUAUUAGAGUAUAUUACUGUACAUAAUUUCCAGUUAAGUACCACAUUCAAUCCCUGAAUAACUGAAUUAAUCAUUGCUUUCUUGAUGUUUUCACUAAGCCUUGUUAAAUCCUGCAAUGGUCUUACACUUCUAUUUGAAUCAAACACAGAGUAGUUUUUGGUUCAUCUCUACACAUUUGCCCUGACGACACUGAUACAAAGUAGAGACAUAACUUUACACGCACAGGGUCUGAUUCGCUGUCGGACUGUGCGGCUUUUCCAUCUGCUAAACUGUGCAAACGAGUCAUAAAGACAACGUCUAAUUCACAUUCAGCAUUCAGGGCAAAGCUUUGUUUUAAAUGGGGAAACUCAUAUUACAUUUUCCAAGUCUGGCCUCAAAUUUUCAGCCUCCACGGCAAGUUAAUCAUUUUUUUAUAUGUGCUCAAUAGAGCACCGUCAGCAUGAGAGUGCAGCUUCAGAGCAUAGGAAGCGGUGCAGAUAGUUUCUGUUCAAACCAAAAACCAGAGCAAGCUGCACGGAGCAGGACAACUUAUGGUGCCGGAAUAUCUUAAGUGCUAUAUGCUUUGUGAAUUAGACAUCGAGACUGAGCAGAUAGUGGGAGCAAAUGAUGUGCAAUUUUUGGAGCUAUUAGCGACCGAAAUCUAUUUUUAGUAAAUCAGGCCUUCAGUUGCUAGUUAAUGAUAAACCAGGCCAAAAAACUAUUGUAAAGCUAACUGUUAUCUUCCUGUAUUUUAAAUGCAUUGCCUGCCUCAUAAGAACUUCAAACAGCCUCUUAAAUGACACUUGUCACCACGACCAAGGCAGAGCAUUUAAACCUUUAGAAAGGAGAGUCAUUGUGUGACACUGCAGUAGUUUUGUCACUGAAUACUUCAUAUCUGGUGAUUCAGUGUGUAAAUAUAAAAAUAGAACAUAACACUACAGACUGACACUGCAUGGUACAAACGUAUGUUGUAAGAGAAAAUAAGAAUGCAGAGUUUAAGUAUCACUGUGAAUAUACUACAUAUCCAGUUUUUACAUAUUUAACAUCAAAUGUGUAGGACAGUUGACUUUGUGUAAUUGUAUAUUUUAGUGUCGGCUUGCAGAGUGAAGCACCCAUUUUAUAAUGUCAAGUAGUAAUUAGGCUCAAGUUUCACGCAUACAUAAACUUCACUUUGGCUGAAUGAUAUUUGCGUUAUUAAAAAUGUGAACUCUAUAUUUGAUGUGCAAAAGUAUAAACUCUAACAUUCUAUUAAAGUGCAUGAUAACAGCA